UUCUUUAGGGAGUGACAGUCGGGCAAAGUUCCCAGAGAGAGAUAAGCUGAAGCAGUUGACAGUUCUGCCUUCUCUGCAGUUGUCUCUCCCGUUGGAAGUUAGGUGCUGCACAAUGCUCCGUGCUGUCUGUGGUAACGUCUUUUCCAGGGUCUCCCGUGUGCCCUUAGGGAUCCAAAUCAGCAGGUUUUCUGCUGCUGCCAUCCCCGCACCUAACCCAAAGGCAGAAGUGCAUUUUAAUAAGCUUUUUAUAAACAAUGAAUGGCAUGAUGCAGUGAGCAAGAAGACCUUUCCUUCAGUCAACCCGUCCACAGGAGAAGUAAUCUGCCACGUAGCUGAGGGAGAUAAAGCUGAUGUGGACAGAGCAGUGAAAGCUGCACGGGAAGCAUUUAAACUCGGCUCACCAUGGAGAACAAUGGAUGCUUCUCAAAGGGGUGUUCUGCUGAAUCGGCUGGCAGAUCUCAUUGAAAGGGACAGAGCUCACCUGGCGUCCCUGGAGACUUUGGACAACGGGAAACCCUAUGCCAUAUCAUAUGCAGUGGACCUAGAUCUGGUAUUGAAGUGUUUGAGGUAUUAUGCAGGAUGGGCUGAUAAGUAUCAUGGAAAAACCAUUCCAAUUGAUGGAGAUUAUUUUACCUACACUAGACAUGAGCCAGUUGGUGUUUGUGGACAGAUCAUUCCGUGGAACUUCCCUUUGCUGAUGUUGGCUUGGAAAUUUGGGCCAGCGUUGGCCACCGGAAAUGUGAUUAUAAUGAAGGUUGCAGAGCAAACACCACUGACAGCUCUGCAUGUUGCUAGCCUGGUGAAAGAGGCUGGAUUUCCACCUGGUGUUGUGAAUAUAAUUACAGGGAUGGGUCCAACUGCAGGUUCUGCCAUAUCCUCCCAUAUGGAUGUUGAUAAAGUUGCUUUCACUGGUUCCACAGAGGUGGGACGUUUAAUCCAGCAGGCUGCUGGUAAAAGUAAUCUGAAGAAAGUGACUCUGGAACUUGGUGGAAAGAGUCCAAACAUAAUCUGUUCUGAUGCAGAUUUGGACUGGGCUGUUGAGCAAGCCCACUUUGCCUUGUUCUUUAACCAAGGCCAAUGCUGCUGUGCUGGUUCUCGCACCUAUGUCCAAGAGAACAUCUAUAAUGAAUUUUUGGAGAGGAGUAUCCAGAGAGCCAAGACCAGAGUCGUUGGUAACCCCUUUGACUUUAAAACGGAGCAGGGACCUCAGGUGGAUGAGGAUCAAUUUAACAAGAUAUUGGGCUACAUUAAAUCUGGGAAACAGGAAGGUGCCAAACUGCUAUGUGGUGGAGGCCCUGCUGCUGAUCGAGGGUACUUCAUCCAACCCACUAUUUUUGGAGAUGUAACUGAAAACAUGACCAUCGCUAAAGAGGAGUAUUCUUAA